AUGGCGCACGAUGAAGACUUGCCACAAUCUACUGUUGAUGGGCAAACCCCAGAAGGGGGUGGAAGGUACGAAGGAAUUAUUGCAGAAAUUAACACUUCUAAUGAUGUUGAAAGAGGUGAACGUGACUGCAUGUUUGUUGCAAGGCAAGAAAAUAAUGAUGACAAUUUGUUAGAUAAGGUGGUAUAUAGUGAAGACGAAGCAUAUGCUUUAUACAAUAAUUAUGCAUUACGAAUGGGUUUUAGUAUUCGGAAAGGAAAGCCAAGAUAUUAUAGUGGAUCAAAGAACAUUAGACAACGUGAAUUUUUAUGUUGUAAAGAGGGUUUUAAAGUAGAUGAAGACCCUUUUGAAGAGAAAAAAUUGAAUAGGCUGGAGACUAGAACUGGUUGCAAAGCAUUUGUUCGUUUAACUGUUGAAGAUGGAAUUUGGAGGGUUACUGCCUUCAAUCCUGAACAUAAUCAUGAACUUGCAUUACAAUCAGAGCGACAUUUGCUAAGAUCUGCUCGUCACAUUUCAAAACCGAAGGCAGGUGUGAUUAAUUCUAUGAUAAAUGCAGGUAUAAGCACAAAGAAUGCUUAUUCAUAUCUAAGAGAAGAAGUUGGAGGCAGUGAGAAUGUGGGUUUUACCAAAAGGGAUUGUUAUAAUUAUGUGAACAAGCAAAAGAUGACGAUGAUUAGUGCUGGAGAUGCUCAAAGCCUAUUGAAUCAUUUUAAGCAGAAACAUACAGAAGAUCCCAUGUUCUUUUUCACAGUUCAAGUAGAUCAAGAAAAUCGCAUGACUAAUUUUUUCUGGAGAGAUGGGAGAUCAAGGGUUGAUUAUGAUUGCUUUGGAGAUGUAGUUGUUUUUGAUACCACCUAUCGUACCAAUAAGUAUAAUUUGAUUUGUGCUCCAUUUGUUGGUGUUAACCACCAUUGGCAAAAUGUGAUGUUUGGUUGUGCUUUCCUUUUGGAUGAAACCACUGAUUCAUUUAUAUGGUUGUUUAAAUCAUUUUUAGAAUCAAUGGGGAAUCGGUCUCCAGUUACAAUUUUUACUGACCAAGAUCAAGCCAUGUCUAAUGCUAUUCAGGUAGUGUUUCCAAAUACACAUCAUCGAUUAUGUUUGUGGCAUAUUUCGAAAAAUGCUCCUUCUCAUUUGGGGGAAUUAAAUACUAACACAGAGUUCAAGUACCUUUUCAACAAGUGCCAAAAAUAUUGUGAUUCUACACUAGAAUUUCAACAAACUUGGGAUAACGUGAUACAAAAGUUUAGUUUGGAGAGUCAUCGAUGGCUUAAUAUGAUGUACAAGAUUCGACACAAGUGGAGCACUGCAUUCACUAAGGAUAGUUUCAAUGCUAAAUUUAAAGCUUCCUCAAGGAGUGAAAGUACAAAUAAUGUUUUGAACAACAUAGCAGGUAAAACAACUAGCCUAACUAACUUUGUUAUUGAAUAUGACAAUUUAGUGGCAGGUAUGCAUUCUUCAGAGUUGGAUGAAGAUUUUCGAUGCAAGCAAGGUGCCCCUCAAAAAGCAGUAAAAAAAAGUGGUAUUUUGGGUCAUGCAGCUCAAGUUUACACCUGUAAGAUAUUUAAAUUAUUUGAAAAUGAAUUUCUCAAUAGUCUUGCAAUGGUGUGA